GCCAUCUUGAAUUUUAAUGUUAAUAUCUAAAAAAAAAUGGGUUUCCUGUGAUAUUUUCGUUUAGGGUGUCGUGCCAAAUUUGGAUUAGUUUGAAGGAGUGGUGUUUUAUUCCUUGACUGUUUUACUGAACCACCUUGUUUCAAUCUCUAGACCCCAGUCUUCCCCACUCAAGAGUGUUUCUUCAUCUCGGAGACUAAAUGCAACUGGACCAGGGGGCUUGUGGGUAUGAAGUGGUUGGGCGAAUCCAAGAACAUGGUAUUAAAUGGCAGACGACACGGAAACAAGUUGACCAGCGAACAACCGGUGAGCCAGAGCCAGACUCGCUCUCAGCAUUCACAACGGGCAUCCCUGCGCCACAACAAAAACCGAAACCGAAGAUGUAGCCGCCGGUUUAAUACAGCCAGUCUGGAGGCUGAGAGGCGCUAUGUGCCCUCCUCAGGAAUGACUGCCAAGGAGUUGUGUGAGAAUGAUGAUCUGACCACGAGUCUCAUCCUGGAUCCGUACCUGGGCUUUCAGACUCACAAAAUGAACACCAGAUUUCGGCCAAUUAAGGGCAGACAAGAGGAGCUAAAGGAGCUCAUCGAGCGCUUCAAGAAACAUGACAACUUGGAGAAAGCAUUCAGAGCUUUGACAACCGGAGACUGGUCCCGAAAUCUUUUUCUCCACAAGACGAAGGCUCAAGAAAAGCUUUUCAAGCAGCAUGUAUUUGUGUAUCUGCGGAUGUUUGCCACAGACAGCGGGUUUGAGAUUCUCCCUUGCAAUCGCUAUUCAUCAGAGCAAAAUGGAGCAAAAAUUGUGGCAACAAAAGAAUGGAAAAGAAAUGACAAGAUCGAGUAUCUGGUGGGAUGCAUCGCUGAGCUCUCAGAGAGUGAGGAAAACAUGCUGCUCCGGCACGGGGAGAAUGACUUCAGUGUCAUGUAUUCAACCCGCAAGAACUGUGCGCAGCUCUGGCUGGGGCCAGCUGCGUUCAUCAAUCACGAUUGUCGGCCAAACUGCAAGUUUGUAUCGACAGGACGGGACACAGCCUGUGUGAAGGUUUUGAGGGACAUUGAACCAGGAGAGGAAAUCUCAUGUUACUAUGGAGAUGGUUUUUUUGGGGAAAACAAUGAGUUUUGCGAAUGCUAUACAUGUGAACGGCGGGGCACUGGUGCUUUCAAAUCCAAAGCUGGACUGCCCGUGGAAGUGCCGGUGAUCAACAGCAAGUACGGGUUGAGGGAGACAGACAAGCGUCUCAACAGGCUGAAGAAGAUGGGGGAAGGAAACAGGAGCUCAGAUAGUCACUCAGUAGGCUCCCACACCGAUGUAGACUCUCAGGAAAUGCCAAAAACACAUCAAUCUGCCAGAAAAAGAACAUCAUCAUCAUCUGGCCUGAAGUAUAAAAACAGGACUCAAUCCAGACAGACUUUGUCAAGAGCCCUUACUACCUCAUGUUCAAAACAAGGUCGUGUAAACAAUAACAGGGUACCAAAGAGACUAAAAUCCCAAUCCAAGCCUUCACUAAGUAAAGUCCAGUUGCGGAGUCGCAGGAGGGGUGCAGAGCCCAAGGCGUUGGCCAAAGGAGAGACUUGCCAGCUGGGUCUCAGGGACUCAAAGGUGUCGCUGUGUAAAGGUGUCACCGUCAAGAAGGAGAAGGAUGGACAGGAGCUGGUGCAGCAGACACUAGGCCAGCGGGGCUGCCUCACCCGUCACGCUGCCAAGGAAAAUGGCAAUCUACCGCAUGUGCAAAGCAGCGAUGGCAGCCAGUGUUUGACGUACAGAACUCGCAGGUCCACAAGGACCCUUGUAAAAGCCCAGGAAACGGCAGCUGGUGUUAAGCUGGAGCCCAGUGCUAUGGACGGCUUGAGCCCAGUCCCUGGUGGAGUGGUCAUUAAAACAGAGCCAGCUGACAUGGAGGAGUACCUCCGCCAUGGAGUCGGACUAGAGCAGCCGGCAUUAGACACUGGCUAUGCCAGAAGAGGCUCGUGCACGAGGCGGAAACGGCUGACGCGGCUCAGGACCGAGCGGACAAUUAAAUGCGAGGACUCGUACGGCGAGCCGUUCAUGCCGGUGGCUGCUGGCCACACUGCUAACUUCUCAGACUGCGGUAAUGUGCUGUUGAGCUUUGCAGACCGACACAGGGACUACAACGGGGUUGCCAACGGCAGCAAAUCCCUCCGCAGGGACAAAGGUAAGAGUAGCUGCCGGUCACAGGACAAGGGAAAGAAGAAGCGCCGGAUCACACGAUACGACGCUCAGCUGAUCCUGGAGAACAACACGGGCAUCCCCAAACUGACGCUCCGCCGGCGGAGGGACAGCAGCAGUAGCAAGACCAAUGACGCCAACGAUCCCAUUGGCUCCUCCAACCUCUCUGCCUCUACGGUCAAUUCGGCCUCUUCCAGCAAAAUCAGCAUCAAGUUCAGCAAGGACCACGAUAAGGACAAAGGCAGCUCGUACAUAGCCAAGCUGAAUAACGGCUUUGCCCCCGUGGUCCACAGUAACUCCACCAAGCUGAAGAUCCAGCUGAAGAGAGAGGACGAUGCACGGAGAAUAUCUCAGACAAAGGCGGACCAGAUGUCCUAUAAUGGGGACAUGGGUCAAAGUCUGGAGGCCAGAAAUGGUGGACAUCGGACCCAAAAAGUCCUGGCCGACCCUUCAUCUGAAGAGGACGACGAUGAGGAAGGGGAGGAGGAGGAUGAUGAUGAUGACUACUUCGACAAUGAGUUCGAAGACGAUUUCAUUCCACUUCCUCCAGCAAAGCGCCUCCGACUCAUUGUGGGUAAAGACUCCAUAGACAUCGAUAUCUCCUCCAGGAGGAGAGAGGAUCAGUCUCUGAGGCUCAAUGCAUAAGCUGUGGAGCUCAUCACUCCCACCCCCCCCCCCCCCUGUAAAUACAGAUGACUCACUAAUCAACUGUUGUGUUGAUGUAAAAGAAGUACAGUAAUUUAAAAACAAAAAAAUUGCUGAAAAAGUAAGACUCUGAAUGAACAUCACUAGAGGGUGCUGUUGACCUAAAACAAAUCUUUGUUAUUCACUGAGCGUGUUGAUUCCAGCGGGCGCGGCGCCGCGGCAUCACGUCUGUAACGCGGUUUUAUUCCACUCUCCACAAACCUGAGCAUUUUGCCUGUUGAUUUGUGUACUUGCUCAGAUUUUGUUGAGACAGACUUAAGACAGAUUUUGUUGUGCUUCAACCAUGAUAGGCUACGUAGUUAGAUUUUAUUUAAAGUCGUUUCCCCGUCUGUGUUUUUUUUCUCUACGCCAGUCCGCGAUCAGCUCCGUGCCCGGUGGAAUCAAGCCGUAAGUCAUGUUCAUAAUCCUCAUUUUGAGUGUAAUUUGAGUUCUUAUAAAUACAAAUCACAUUGAUUAAGCAGAAGUUUACUCACCCGGUCUGAUGUUGGCAUCUUGUCUGCAUACUAUGCGAAACUAAACUGCAGGAAUUUGCCAAGUUUGUCCUCUUAUGGUUUGUAAGUGAUCUGGCCGGAUCAUAAGUGAAAAAUGAGAAUUUGUUUUAAGUUCAACUAUUCCUUUAAGUGAAUGCACUUGUUAUAUUCAUAAUGGACAUGGAUAUUGUAGAAAGUGUACAGUAUGGUGACUAUCCCCUCUGUCUCAUAGGCAGGUUUUUAUGGAACUUUUGAUUUCUGUCUCAUAGUUUGUAAUUUCUGUGUGGCAAACCAUGCUGAAUGUACAGUGUGGUGUGGCUGGUCCAGAGGCAUUAUCAAGAUCAGUCAGUCGGUUCAUUUGGAUUCAGGUGCCAUGUUCUCAUUAUCCCAGUAGUUUUCCUGGUAAAGCCAAUUGAAUUUCAAUCAUUUAUUAAUUGUCAACCUUAUUUACUGUGUAAGUUCUUCAUGUCUCUGUAGAGCUCAGUGAUGCAAUGUUAAAUCUGUGCUGUCAUGUUAUUCACUUUAGAGUCAUGGAAAGAGCUGUUGAAGCAGAAUUUACAGUUUUAUGUAUAUUAUGCAUUUAACGUGCACCAAAACCAAGUUACUGUGCUGCACACCACUGACACAAAGCUCUCACCUGAAAGAAGAACAGGUAAUUCAUGUCGGCAGUAACCGUGUGUAUGUGGAACUUCAGUGUGUGUUUAGGUCGCCUGCAGUUGACACACCAUCAUGACAUGAACGAUGGAGUUGCACAAUUUUUUUUUUUUUAGUGAAUCUACUCCCUGCAGUUUAUUCUGAGCGCUGUACAUAAAUUCCAAGAAAUAAAAGCACACAAGGUUUUAUAAUCGGUUUAAAAAUGACGGAGAAUAAAUGGACCAGUGUUUUUCUUUUUGGAGCUGCUGUAUAAUGGCAACAUGGCACAUGUGGUAGUUCAACAAGGCAAAUUAAACCAAAUCCAUAUUUAAAGGCUACCUACAUGCUUUUUAAAUCUGUAAUUCUGAAAGUAAUGUACAGAAAGACUGGCUAAUGCCCCUCUGAUGAAUUUUGACUUUUCUCACAAGUCCAGUCUCUCAUUUAUUUACCUGAUCUGAUUUCUGAAACCAAGUUAACAAAUGUCCAUCGACUCAAGAGUUUGGGGAGGAAAAUCAUGUCUGAAACCUUCUUACUAGCUUAGAAUCACGUGUUCUUUUCUCUAUGGUGCUACUUUUAUUUCCUCACCAUCAGUUUGAACUUCUGUCCUGUGGAACUCGUUAUUGGUAGAUGAUGAUGGCAGCAUUAACUCAACAGGCCCAAAUUCUAUAGAAACCACAUUUCCUGUCAGUACUGCACAUUUCAUCAGUUGUUUGUGGCUUUUUAAGUUGUGCUUUUGUUUUUGAAGUUUUGUUUUCUUUACAGGAGCUUGUGCAUGUUCAGUUUUUUAGUUUGCAAAACAUUUUCUGUCUAUCCUACAGCAUUAGGUGCCUUAACAAGAGUUUUUUGACACAUUUAGACCAAAUUUAUUACGUGACUAAUCAAUGAAGAGUGAAAAUGCCAAGCCAUCUGCUUCCCCCUCGUAAUAUGGACACUUCAACACAAGUCCACCGUCAGUCCUUCUGUAUAUUAUUUUAUUUCUGUUGUGUGGAAGUAAAUUAACUGUCCAACAGAUCAAGGGAUCAACUGAGAUUGAAUGUUAACCCACUUUUCCUGUGUUAAUAUGUACUGUUCAUAUCACCAGCAGCUAAUCGCCGUUCUGAAACUGACUCGGUCUGUCCUUCCCCCUCGUCGGACGUCUCCAUCCUACACUGUAAACUGUUCCAGGUGUACCGUCUGUGUGGUCUUUGUCCAAUAGACAGCUGUCACGAUUCCCAAUUGAUUCAACAAGUAAAAGGAGAAAAAAAAGCAAAACAAAUGUGAAUAGUUUGCGGACAUUUUAGCGUGUUGCGUGGGUAGUGGGAAACAUGUAAAGAGAAUUAAAAAUGGGCAGUGUGUAUAUUGUCCGAUAUGUAAAUCAUGUGAACACAUCUUGUACUUAUUUAACAGUUUUGAAUACUUGAAAACUAUAUAAAGUUUCUCUGUGACUCUUGUUUCCUGAGCCUGUUUUGAGCUCCGCUGGAUGUUCACAUCAGCGUUUUUGUUUGUUUCUUUCUGUCUGUGUGAGUAUCUACUGUUCAGUAGUUUGGGUUGCAUCUUCCACAUACGGCUACUUAUUUUCUAGAUUUUUCUUUUUGCCAACAAAUUCAAUGAAAAGCCUAAAAGCAGCAAUGUGUUAUUCCUGUCAAUAAUGUGAUUUCUUUACCCUUUCCGUAGUGCUCAUCUACAAGCCCAUUGAUUCCUAAUGUAGGCAUAAAAAUUUAAAAACAGCUCACAAA